AUGGCCAAGCACUAUAGAACCCUACAGGCUUUGUGUAAAAAGAAAAAUCCAAACCAUGAGUCUGUCUCUCAGCUCCUGGAUUUUGAAUUUGCAGCCAGAAGAGCAUUCAUAGAUUCUGAUUCUGUUCGCGAGGAGGACAGAUAUGAGAAAAUUCUAGAGGCGUGUCCUUGUUUCAAGGACAUUGGCCAUGUGAUGGGGGAGCUUCGACACAUUCUGGACAAGGAUAACAGCCACUACAUUGAAGAACUGAGGGGAGGUUGGGACAACUUCUGCCAGAAGGUGCAGUUUUUUGGUGUAUGGAAAAAGAUGCUGAAACCCCCAAUGGGAAUGGACAAAGUUGAACAGGCUCUCGGGAUCCUACGUGUGCUACCAUCACUGUUCCCCUCUUCAUCUACUCCUCCUAAGAAGAUACGAGAUGCGAGUGAGGCUCUGGUGCAUGUCCUCGAGGAAAACGAAGAACCCAAUGCCUACUUGAAGAAGCGCCCUCUCUCCUGUCCAGUCCUGAUUGUGAGUUCGUCCAACUGCCUCCUGGCUGUAGGAGAUGUGCCGAUAACUACAUUCCCAAAAGACAAGGUUACAGAGGGUGCUUUAUACCUUAUGGCCUACUAUUAUGCCCUACACCUUACUUACACCAAGUGUGUAGCCACUUUGCUUUCUGUCAUACAAACAGAGGUCCUCUUGGACACAAUCCAUGAGAGAGACCUCACACCAUCUUUCAAGGAGGGCAUGGCUGACUGGAAAGCUUUUGUUGGCAAAUAAAGCCAUUGCCAUUGAUUCUUGUUUGGAAUUUAGCCAAGGUAGCCCAAUGUUAAUGUUGCAAUAAUAAGCACUUUGUUGAUGUAUUGAGGGACAUUGGUCAGAUGUUAAUGUUAAUGUUAGCCCAAAACCCUUAAUUUGAAUAUUGCAAUAAUACGCACUUUGUAGGUGUAUUGAGACACAUUGUUCAGAUGCUAUUUAACCAAGUUAGCCCAAGACCCGUAAUUUGAAAGUUACCAUAAUAAGCACUUUGUAAGUGUACUGAGGGGACACAUGUCAGAUGACUGUGUCUGACUUUAACCCACAAUGUUACACAUAUUUGGCAUGUUCUGUUUUUAUUUUAUUACAGUCCCAUACACACUGU